GGAAAGCCCCACUAUAUCUCAACGAGGUGUCAAAAUCAGCUCACCAAACGAAAUAAUUAGUUAUUAACAUUCCAUCAUCCUAGAUUCUUUUUUCACCGCGCAAAACCCACACAACUGUUUUAGCCAAGCUUGUGGCGUGUUUGGAAAAGGACACUCAACGUAUUGUUGUCUACCGAUGCUGUAAACUCAUAAAGCCUAUUCCAUUGUCAGUGGAAAGAAAACAACGUCGUUCAGCCGGGAAAGAUGGCUGACCGUCAGAAACAAGCUGAUGAAGAGCUGACACAGCCAUUGCUGUCUAGCGACGAAGAUCCUUACGAUGCUUUACCAGUGUUUAUUGGCUCCACUGGAAGCGAUGAUUUUCGCGGCGGGGCAGAAGUUCGGUUCAUAACCUUGGAAAACAAACCGGUGUUUGACAAAGUGCAAUCACGAAGUGGAAACGUAGCGAAACAGCGCGUUCACGAUGGAGUCAUCCAGAUGGAGGCAAUUUCUCCGGUGGGUCAGAUCCUAAGCAUUAGAACAUGGGUAUUUCGAGAGCCAAACGCCGCGCAACUCCACAAAGACAAAAACGGACCGGUGGAACUUCAAGUUACAUAUGGACAACACAAUAUAGAAAAGCAAUUCUUCUCAGUGAACCUGGACUCAGUUUACGAUGGCCCCAUUGCACCAGUGUACGAACUGGCCAAAGUAGAGAUGGACAAGAGGAAUCUUUUUCAACUAAUAGUUGAGCUGUCUUUUCACAAUGGAGCGGGAGAAGAGUCACAGUCUUUUUAUAGUAAGCCAUUCUUGAUCAGGAGCAGGCCCAGAAAUAAUCCCAGCAAGGCAAAGCCUGGGAUGAAAAGGCCGAGAAUCGUUCCAGACAGCACAGGAGAAGAAGAAGAAGGAGAAGACUCACCUGUUCAUUUCAGUCCAGACAGUUCUGUUAGCAUGACAGGAGGAUCGGUCGAGUUUCAAAAUCUACGAGUAAUUGACCACUUGGAAGCCAAGCGUGCGCACAUCGAACACCUGUCGUUUGUAGUCUCUAAUGCAGGUGCGAGGAAGGCCGACAUUGGAUAUCACUUCAAACUAAAAGAUCCUGACCUGUGUGAAGACUUUGAAGAAGGAGAUGUGGUCGGCUUCUUUAAAGGUGACGAUGGGAGAGCAUCCAUACAGCUGCUGAACAACAAAAAUGGAAAAGAUGCCGUCAUGGCGGGCGUCGUAAGCCGAUCAGCGUACCUUGAAGCCACACCUUCUAUUAGUGAAGACGAUCCCACUGAUGUUGUUUGCGUUAUCGGAGUCAUCAAAGUGAAGUGUGUGGGUUCUGUCCGGGCGGGAGAACGAAUUUACGCUUCUGUGGACUUGGACAAUCCUGGAACAGCCAUCCCAGAGUCCCAUCUGCCUCCCAGUGUGCUCCUCGGCAAAACAAGUACAUUACUUGGCAUGGCAAUGGAAGAAAAGAAAGCCUCCAAGCUGGAUGAUGUACAUUUGGUUCAGUGCUUUGUGUGCAUAGUGCUGGGAGUGUGUGAUAAAGAAAUUGCAUCGGAAAUAGAAAGCAUGUACCACCACUUUGAGAUGGACUUGGCUAUUAGACUGCGAAGAGAGAGGAAGAAGACUAGAAGACUGAUGUGCGUGAUGGGGUGGGGCUUCGUCAUUCUGCUCAUUUUGGUUGCUGUUUUUAUGUACGAGUACUUGUAUCCGGGAAGUGCAUUACGAUACUGGAUAUGCAAACAGGGAUCCAUUCCAGGUCACAGGGCUUCAUUUAGAUAUAUUCCCGCGUCCCAAAUACAUCAGCGUUGUGAUGCCCGUGGUAUUGAAUUCACUUGGGAUGGACUUGAACAAAAAAUGUCGCCGCAUUUGGACGGUAUUCCUCCGCUAAAUUCUACAGCGGUACCUGGUGAGCACCAUUACUAUCUAAACUGGGAUCGAUGCGCUUAUGGUGGAGCGAACAAGCUGUCUGCUCAAGUCCAGGGAAUUUCUAACAACAAACAGAUUUGCGGGCCGAUUAUUUUUGCCAUAAAUUUUAACUGCUCCAUUGUUUAUUACUACCAGGAUAAGCCUAACGAUGGCUGGAAUAAUUAUACGUCGGUACAAAACAAAGAUUUGCGAGAUUAUCUUAAAUGUAUACCUGCAGAGGAAUUUAAAAUAUAAGAGAGACACGAAGUUGAGGUCAUGAUUUGAACGUGUAAGGAGCAAAAUACCUUCAAUUUCACAAAACCACAAAAUGAAUUUCGGGUUAACUAGAGCAGUUUUCAAUUGAGGUUCGAAAAUCCAACACCAAAGUAAUCACAACUACCAAUCAGAACGAAGGUUAACACCAUCAUCAACCAAUAGAACUCAAAGCAACAACAGGCAACCUUCUUAAAGCGCGGGAAAACGCGUGUGACCAAGUUAGGAUUUGUUUUAGCUCUGCAUCUGAUUGGAUGAUUUGUUGCCGCGAGUUUUCUAGAUCAAUCAGCGAAGUAAAGCAAAACCAAAUUAAUCCCGUAUGAUUUUCGACGCUCAGAUGUAAAGGUCUCUAGAACAAAACGAACAUGGAAACUAAAGAAGAACGAAAAUAGUUGAGGAUGGAGACGAUUGAUGUGGAUUUUGUAGAUGUGCAAUUUGUAAAUAUUAAGGGUAAAUUUUAAAAGAUUAACAGACCGUGACGUGACUCCUCUAAAUGAGAAGAGAUAUUCUAGAGAACAUUUGUUUUCCUCUCUGCUGGUUAUAAGUAGCUAUGAAAAUAAUCAAGACGUAGACUGCAUUUUAAAAUUCCAUUCGAUUCGGGACAACCAGACAAGCAGUUAGUUGUGGUUGGCUUGUUGUAGUUCUGCGUGUUUUGGUAGCCAGAAACUGACUUCUUUCCAAAAUUCUAUCGUCCAUAGAUAGAUAUAAAAUUUUUUAUCACAUUAAAAAACGACAUUUAAACGCUUAGAUUACUCUUUGGAACCUCAACGCGCUACGUGGUAAUCUUUUUAUGGUACGUUUAUAAAAUGGAGAUAAGAACUAAACUAUUUAUGAGGCAUACCUCUCCUUUGGGAUUGGAGCUAAAUCUGAUUGACCUUUAUAUUCCAUAUAUUAUUUACUGUGCAAGCCAUUCGAAAAUUUCCAUGGAAAAAUAUUCUUGUUCAGGAGCUUAUUUUCACUUGAAGGUUUUUUUCAUCUUUCUUCGGUUAGCCAUUGAGGUUUUCGUGAGCAUUGCUACUUUUCAUCAAAGUUUAUGUUGGAGGCCUCACAAACAACAAAAUGACAUCCCUUCAGCAUGAAAUGGUCAAAGCGUUUUGGAAGGGGUCUUGAGCUGUAUAUCUAGUUGAUAAAAGCCAAACCAAAGUUCAAAUCACCAUGGCAUUGGGUAGUAAUUCGAUUAAAGUUGUGAUGUAAGAUGUAGAUAAGUAUAGGUACCUGAAUAUUCAUGCUUCUUGCUUUUAAAUUUUCGUAGGCAAAAAUUUGUCAACACUUAUUUACUCAUAUGCUAAGCAUAUGUUUAAUAUCUUUGAUAUUUAAAAGAUAAAAAAAAAUCACACCUCGUGAGGAUAUUUCAUUCUUCGUAUCAACAACCACUUCCCUAUUUUUUUUUUCAGACGACCUGCCAGUUUUGUUCAGUUAAAACUGGAAUGUUGUAUAAUUGUGUUCAUCUAUAUCCCUUGAUCAUUCCGUUAAUUUCGAGUGUGUAAACCAAUAAAAUUUAACUUUGGAAA